AUGACCAACAUCAAGAUUCAAAUUAUCUCCGAUAGCGUCUGUCCUUGGUGCUAUGUCGGCUACCGGCGCCUCUCACGCGCAAUAGCAACACACAAAACCUCCAACCCAAAGGAUACAUUCACACUCCACUGGCGCGCCUUCUACCUAAACCCAAAUGCGGCAGCCUACCCCGGCAUAAACAAGCAAGAGAUGUACGCUGCGAAAUUCGGCGCGGAGCGAGUCACUGCUAUGUUUGCCCGUCUUGCACAGGCAGGUGAAGCAGAUGGCAUCUCGUUCUCAUUCGGUGGUAACACUGGUUCCACACGGGAUUCGCACAGACUCAUCUGGUAUGCUGGGGAGAAGGAGAAGGAAGCCGGAGCCGGAGCCGUAAACGAAACAGACGCAGUUGGUGGACUGCAGACACGAGUCGUGGAGAAUCUUUUCCGAGCUUAUUUCGAGAAUGAGAAGAACAUUACGGAUGCGGAAGUUUUGACUGAGGCGGGUGUUGCGGCGGGAUUGGAGAAGGGGGAGAUAUUGAAGAUUCUUGAGGGUGGUGAUGGGGCGGAGCAGGUUGAUGCGGAAGCAUUGACGGCGUCGAGGAGGUUGGUUUCGGGGGUUCCGCAUUUUACUAUUCAAGGGAAGUAUUUGGUUGAAGGGGCAGAUGAGCCUGAGACGUUCUUGGAGGUUUUUGAGCGGGUGAAGCUGGAUGAAUAG